AGAAGAACCAACGAGCUUAAAAGUAAUGGUUCCGCGGUUACUGUAACAACACAACAAAAGGAGCAAUAAUGUGAACUGUAUUAAACCUGCAGUCACAUUUCUGUACUGAGGAGCGUUUGGUUUUAAGAACCGAUAAGAACGUGACAGUUAAACAGCGAGCGGUUUGAGCGUCCUGUUUGUUGUAUGAGGAGGGAGGGAAUGUCAUCAACCUGAUCUACAAAUGGCUUAUCGACUCACACAAGAGGAGUUGGAUCAACAGUUUGAACAGUUUUUGAAAGAGUCAGUGUCUGAUGACUCUGCUGAUUUGGGCAGCAGCUCUAAGUGUCCCAGCGUUUUGGAUAAUCUUGGAAAGGCACCUCAUCAGCAACAGGAGAAGACAAGACAGACUUCAGUGCCUUGGUGGCAGGAAGAUGAAGACAGUGAGACUCAGGGAAAAGCUCUUGGGAAGACCUUCCGCAAAUCCUUAAGGAAGUCCCAAACCAUCCAAGAGGUUGAUGAAGAUCAGGCAAAAGUGCAAUGCUUUCGUGAUGAGCACAGCGGAGAGGCGGUCAUGUUCAGCCGAGACAGUCUAGAGCCAGAGGAUUCACUAAAGAUAUAUGGAUCUACACAGAGUGCUGCUGCUGCUUUGGGCUUACAAACUCUGAAUGAGGAAAUGGAGCAAGCAAUUGUUUUAGCCAGUGAGUCUGUAACUGAUGAGUCAAGACUGAACAAAAACCAGGAAUCCUUCAGCCUUGGUCUUGCAUCUCCUCAAAGGGAAGAUGAUGUCUCUUUGACAAAGCAGAAUCAAAGUGUAGACGAAGAAAGAGAUUUGGGUUCUGUGAAAGACACUUCAGCAGCAUCCCCUGCUUACAGUGAUGAUUUUGAAGAUGAGGCAAGUGAUAAGGAACCUGAAGAGAAGAAGCCAGAAAGACGUGGGAUGCUGGCAAAAGUGUCCCUGCACGAUUCUCUGAACUCCACGGAUGGAGCUCCAGUGCCUCUAUUGUGCAACGAUGCAGGAGAGAAAACCGAAUACCCUGACUCCAGAAUGGCACAGGCACCAGGACCAGGCACCACAGGACUGUCAUAUGGUCAAAGUGGCGCGAGUGACAUGGAGGCUCUGCAGGAGGCCUACAGGCAGAUCACUCACUCAGUGGGCAAGUGUGAGGAGCAGGAGGCGGAGCGUAUUAGGAGUCCCUCCUCUCUCUCCACUCCAGAAUGUUUGAAAAGAACCACGCAGCAUGGCUCCACUACAGAAUCAGAUUUACCCACUGCUGAAGAACUGAUGCAUGCUAUUGGACCAGAUUCAGGAAUCACUAUCGGCUUGUGUCUUGAUGCCCUAAGAGAAGCAGCUGUAGACAAGAAGGAUGAAAUUUUGGAUUCAGGCAGCCACAUUACAAGAGCUAAUGCUAAGCAUGCUCCUCUGGCUCUCAGAGAAGCAGAUAAUGAGAACCCUGUAGCAAUGGAGCCAUAUCAAACAUUAUCCCAUCACAGACACUGGAGCAUUACAGACCAGGUGAAAAGGCUCAUGCAGGAGCAGGAUUACUUCCGUGAGGUCCCUCCUGUUGCCUCUGGCAGAGCCAAGAAGUCUCAGGUUCCAUGCAGGUCCAUUCCCACAGCCUCUGGAAAAGCAUCAGUCCCAUCUGUGAAAAAUAAGAAAGCUGACAUCAAGCCAUUACUCAAAGCGUCUACAUCAACCAGACCCAACGGUUUAGCUAAACCUCCAUCUCCACUGACUCAAAGAAAGCAUCAAAACCAGACCUCAAAAAAGAUGUCUUCUCUUAGUCAAACACAUAUUGUCAAAGGUCCAGAAUCCAGUUUUAAGGUAAGCAAUGAACUUGUUGCUUCAAUACAGUCCAUUGCCACCUUUUUACAAGACAGAAUAGAAGCAGAUAGUCCAAACUCUGGCUGUACUGAGCAGUCAAAUCAACAGGCAAAACAGGGCAAAAGGGAGACGGAGAAAGGAGGAGCUGAAGCCAGAGGCAAUGACCUUCCAUUGGAGUACUCCUCAUUGGAGCGUAUACAUCUGCAGCUGGCUCAGAAAGAGAGCGAAUUUCUCCUCAGAGAGAAGCAGCUCCAACAGAAUCACAGCGAGGAGAUCAGUGCUCUCAAACAGGAGAAUUACAUGUUGCAGAGCAAGUUGCACAGUGCAGAAGAGACAAUCAAGAAGCAUAGAUGGAGUUUUGUUGAGGCCUCAGACUCGGGUAAAGAUGAAAACCUGAGACUGAUUGAGAGAGAGUUGAAGGAGCAGGAGACUCUAAUUCAAGGCUACCAUGUGGAGAAUGAAAAAUUGUACCUGCAGAUGAAGGCCCUUCAGGCACAAAGUAAGCAAAAUGAAGAGGCCAUGUUUGCAGAGAAUCAGAAGUUGCUCACCGAAUUAGCCAUCACUAAGGAACAGUUAAAUAAGAGCAGUAAGGAGAAGACAAUGGGAAAUAUAGGCAAUGCAUGCAAUGUCCAUGGAUGCAAUGUUGCUGAACUAUUGGCUGAGCUACAGACUGCACAGAAAAGGGAAUCACAGCUACAGGAAGAAAUACGCAGAUUGAAACAAGAGAAACAGGCUCUGCAUGUGGACUUGCAGAUGGUGAAAAAAGAAAGGGACUUGGCAAAAGCCCAAGUGAUCUCUAAUUCAGGUGAUAAAGGUUUUGAGUUAAAGCUGCUAGAGGAAAGGCAUAAGGAAGAGGUGGCUGCACUAAAGAAGAGACUGCAGUGGUAUGCUGAGAACCAGGAGCUGCUGGACAAAGAUGCAGCCAGACUUAGAUCAGCUAAUGCAGAGACACAGAGACUAACUGAGCAGGUGGAGAAACUGAAGAUGGAGGUAGCAAAGCAAGCUAACCAACAGCAGAAGAAAGUGAAGGAGAGGUCUGCAGAGGCCAGGAGAGUACAGGAUCUUGAGCGGCAGGUGAAAGAAAUGGAGGAGGUUCUCCGCCGUAGGCACCCAAACUCUUUGCCUGCACUGAUGUUUGCUGCAGCAGCUGCGGACGGAGAAACCGGAGGAGAGAAUCUUUCUGCAGCUCGUCAGCCCUCUUAUUCUGCCGCCCUGCUGGAAAGACGCAUCCACAGACUAGAGGCUGAGCUUGAGAACCGUGAUGAGGAAGGCAAACGCUCACUCAGAGCCAUGGAGCAGCACUUUCAGAGGAUCAAGCUCCAGUAUGAGCAGCAGAUCUCUGAUUUGGAGCAGCAGAUAGCCGUGCAAGGUUCAGGGUGUCAUAACUGCUCAUCUAAGAAGUCAGAGACCCAGUCUCACACAGUGGAGGAGCUGGAACAACCUAAGGAACUGCCCCAGAGUGAAGUAAACACUCUAACGUCCAAUGUGGGCACUUUAAAAGAGCAACCCCAGCAGCUUCAUUUCUCAGCAGAGCACGAAAAGCCCUCUCGACACCAGAGGCAAACAGAAGCAGCACACAUCACCCGGAUGGAGCGCCUGAACCAAGAGCUUGCAACCAAGAGCCGCACCAUCCAGGAGCUGAAGCGUACUGUGGAGAGGCUGCAAAGAGAGAGGAAGAGCAUGUUAUUUAGCCCAAAAUACCAAAGUUCCAGAGCUCUGUCCAAACAGACAGGCAAAGAGCAGUCCCUUGUACCGGUUGAGACUUUCCCAUCUACACAGGAUGAGAGAGACUAUCAGCCUGGAGUUUUUUCAGGCUCUCACAUUUCCGAGGUACAGCAGGAGAAUGAAAGGCUGAGGGUCAAACAGGAGCAGCUGGAGUAUCAGUGGUUAGAAGAAAGAACCUCACUUCAGGCUGCUGCCAAACAAGCACAUGUGGAACUCCAGAGGGCUCAGGAACAAAACCUGGAACAGUUGGACUUGCUCAAAGCUGACCACCAAAGAGAAAUAGAGCGUCUGGUAGCCAGCCAUGCCCUGGAGCACUCCUCUUCCAAAGUAGCUGAACUCACAAAUCAAGUGAAAUCACAGGAGGUCAUGGUACUGCAUUUGCGUGAGCAACUGAAGGAGCUACAAAGAAAUAAAGAGGCGCUUGCUUUGUCUAAACUCAGAGAGGAAACCUUACAAAACCAACUGACCAAGCUUUUAGAAGAGCUGAAGCAGGCAAAAGAGGCCCACAGUCCAGAGCUGAGACACUUUGCUAGUUUGGAACACAAAAUCCAUAACAUGGAGGUCCGAUACAAUCAACGUGAGCAGGAACUACAGCAGAUGAUCACUCAGACACGUUUAGUCGUAGAGCAAGAGCAGCAGGCAGAAGUAACACGCUGGAAAAGACUGGCUCAGGGGAAGAGCAGCGAGCUGGAGGCCUUCAGACAGGAGCUGGACUCUAUACUAGAUGUGCUUCGAGAGCUGCAAAAGCAAGGUGUGGUGAUUCCUGCCACUCAAUACUCCUCUGCUGCUGGCUGUAUAUCCCGGACACUCAAAUACUGAUAUAGGGUUCUCUGUAUAACCAAGCAUACACUCAGUUUUGUCUGGGAGACACUGUUUACAGUGCAAAUCCACUUGAAUACUCUGGACAGCUCUAUCCAAGCUAAUAUAAAUAAAACAUACCGUUUGGAUGAACUGUACUAGUCCCCUUUAGGGCUAAUUAAUUAGUGCCACAGCAAUAUUUGUUGCAAUUGUGUGUUUUCUUAAAGACGUUGUUACAGGUUAUUCAUAAGCUGGUAGAUAUUACAUUACAAUUUAGUUUCAACUGGAAAUAACCACAGUGAACUAUUAAAAGCUUUUUCACACACUCACCGUCCAGUUUAAUAGGAACACCUUUAUAUAUCCAUGUUUAUACACUUAUCCAACCAGCCAAAGCAUAAAAACAUGCUAAUACAGAUCAUGAUCUUCAGUUAAUAUUUACUGUACAUGAAACAAAAGAAUGGGGAAAAAUGCAAUGAUCUGAAUUUAAAUUCUUGUUUAUAGCAGUUUCUGGAAUACCAGCCAAUCUGGUACAGUCACACACAACAGUCUGCACAGAAUUGUACAAAAACUGCAGACUGAAAGACUAACCUGAGUGCAAGACCAUACAUAUUCAAAUAAGCACAAUUUUAACACUAGUGAGCAGAAAAGCAUUUCAGUAUGCACAACACAUCAAAACCCGUGGUGGAUUGGCUACAACAGCGACAGACCAUACUGGGCUCCACCUCUCUCAGCCAAGAACAGUCAUCUGAGGCACAGCACCAUCCAAACUAGACAAAUAACUGGAAAACUAAAAUGAAACUCUACAGGCUAGCCUUAGAAGAGUCUUCUGAUUUUUCAGAGAUGAUCUUUGCAUGAAGCCAUCAUGAAACCAAAGCCAGUCCUGCACUACACUUUGCUUUGAGCAAGCUGAAAUUCAUUUUAGCCUGAUGGGUCACUUCAGCAACUCACCUGCACUUACACUAGGAUUUGAAUUCAGAUGGCAUGUAAUUUGAAUAAAUUUUACAUUUAGAGCAUUUAUCAGACAUCCUUAUCCUGAGUGACUUACAUUUUAUUUACAUUUAUGCUAUAUAAGAUUAAGGGCUUUGCUCUGGGGCCCAGCAAUGGCAGCUUCGUUGACCUGGGAACAACGUAAGUCAAACUUAUGACCUUCUGAUCAGUAGACCAAUGCCUUAACCACUAGGCAGUCACAGCUCCAUAAUGGAUUGGUCUGCUACAAAACAAGAAUCUGUGUGCAGUUCUAACUUAUCAUUUGUAUUAAAGUCAUAAGUUUUAAAUACUAGGAAUGUUUUAAUGCACUCUCCCCUUCGUUGUAAUUUAAAUAGAGGUAAGCUUAAAAUAAAAGAAGAAAAACAUGCAAUUGUACAGAUCCACAGUUGAAAUGUGAUAAUGCUGACAUUUCUCAUUGUUUAAUUUAUUAUAGCAUUAUUGUUGUAAAAAAAAAAAUAACUUCUCUAUGUGUAUUUGAGUUUUGUGACUGAAAAGCAACAGGUUUUCUGAAUGUAUUAAAGCUACAUCAUGCCUGUUUAAUAAUCAAUAUCACUGCAUGCAAUGGGUAGUAUUUUCAUCCUAAUUUCACCUGGACUUGUUUUAUGUUAAAGUGCUCAAUAAGGAGUAAGAUCACGUUGACUUCAGUCAUAUUACCGAGUACACACCGUUCCAUAAAUCUCUUUGAAUCUGUUUUCAGUCUCCUGACUGCUGUUCUGAUGACAGGCUUCAGAUCCACUGUGACAUUGAGAAGGAGCUUAUUGAAUGAAUGAUUAAGUUAUAAAAUUCAAAUGAUUCAUCAAUGUUACUUUACAAUCAUGUACAAUAUCACAGCUUAGCAAUAGUUUGCAACGUCUCAAAGUAACUCUUUGAGGAAAAAUUGAUUCUUAAAUUAAUCGAUUAGAUUAAUAGGUUUGUUGUAUGUGUUUUUUAUGUGGUCAUAUUUUGUGGGUUUACAAUAUACAACAUGACUAAGCUGUUUUCAGGUUGGAGGAGAGCAGAACUGCAGUGCAGAGAAAAAUAACCAAAGGGGUAAAAUAUCCAUCCACAUGCACAAAAUAUGAACCAGAACAAGAUGUUUGUUUUCUUUACAGAAAACGUCUGAGCCUACAAAGUAAUUUUCCAUCCACCUGACAGGAGUUUAGCUUGAAACGGACAAAUGUAUUUCAGUGCAAGACAUUAGAGUUUGGACAGCAGUGAUUUGCUUUUUUUUUUAUUCUUUAGAUUAAGCUCAACAAACGAAAGAUAUUAAAGCAUAAAUAUAACUAAAACGGUUAUUAGAUGCAAGACCACAUGCUUUAUGGUGAUGGUGCAAUUAAGCUAAAAUGAAGGACAUUGAACUCUGAUGCAUAGUGAAGCCAUUUCUAGAAAUAUCUAUCAAACAAUUAUCUUUUACAUGAUCUCAGCCUGGUUAUAUCCAUAACCGUUGUCAUUGUCGCAUUGUUUUAAAAAUCGA